UCUGUCAUCUGAGGUUUUGAUCUUUUUGCAUAGAGAUUCUGAUUUUAAAUUGGUUUCUGUCUUUUGCCUUCUAAAGGUAUAGUCUAGCAGCUGUGCUCAUAUCUAAGGCUUUUUCCCAAAUCUCAUAAUGAACUUGAGUGGAAUCAGUGUUCUUGUAACGCUAAUGUGCUCUCUUAACGUUCCGGGACUGUAUGUGGCUGGAGUGUGCGGUAAAGGUAAGAGGAUAGAUCCUAGAGAAGGGUGUGCUGACUGUUCCGAAAACACUUACCAGGCAACACCAAAUGAUUCACAGUUUUGUCAGCCAUGUACCAUUUGUUCCAACAAGCGUUGGAGUGUAGAGGUGAACACGUGCACAAGGAUUAUGGACACAACCUGCAAAUGCCAGGAUGGAUUUGUCCCCAUGAAUAACAAAUCUUAUGCAUGCAAGUGUGACAAGGGAUCAGGAAUAAAGCAUGUGGAAGGUCAACCAAUAUGCCGUGAGUGCGAGAACGGAUUCUUUACAUCAGAAAAGGACGUUUCUUGUGUGAAAUGGAAAGAAUGUAGUAGUGGAGUUAGAGUGAAUGGCACUAAGACGUCGGAUGUGAUCUGCAACAAUAAUUCAGAAAUCAGGAUUCUCCCCACUCCACCCCCCUCUCCUCUCACCAUCCAGACGAGAUUCUCCAAGAGACCCCCCCUUGAGCUGACUUCUCCUACCUUUAUAUCAACCCCCUCCAAAAACGAGAAUGGAACAUUACCCCUGACCUUAGGCUUAAUCUUUGGACUUACUUUGCUGGUGUUGGUUUUCCUGACCUACAAAUUUACCAUCACUCCUUGUGUUGAAAACUACAAGUUGCAAAUAGUAAAAACAGCUCAGGACUCAUGUCGAAGGCCAGUUGAGGAAAGUGGGGACAAUACUCUGUCCUCUCUGGUUAAAUCAGGUGCUGAGGAGCCAUGAUAGAACACAAACCAUCCAAGAAAAAGAAAGUAUCUUCAUCACUGCCAGUAUUUGUCAGUUAACUUAUUCUGAAACAUUGUCAAUAUUUGACAUCAGUGUAUUUUUUUGGGAUUAAAGUGUAUCAAAUACAGUAAAUCAACACAUUUGUAAAAAGUUACUUAUCAAUCAACUCCUGUCUUACUUAGACAUUGAUGAAUUUAGCUGACUAAGGACUGUCAAUGCUAAAUAUAUCUACUGUCUGAUGUUACAGAUGGGCUAACGACAAAUUCUGAGAAACUGUUAAGUUUACUAUUUCAUAGGCAUGUACAUAAUGAAUGCUUUUCUGGAUAAAUAUGUAGUUGCUGAAAAUC